UAACAUUGGCAGGCCGCAGAAUAUUUUGGGACCAGCUUAAGCGUAAAGUGUAGUCGUUUUCCAUUUUGUUUUUAAGACAAUAAUUUUGUUUUGUAAAUAAUUGCAUAAUUAAUUUUCAAAUAAAAUACAUCCACAGAUUAGUGUUGUUAUAUUAUCCAUUUUAUUUCACGAAUAUGGAAUCAAGUCCACUUGAUUAUGUAGCCCAGGCAUGUAUGGAUUUAAUUGAUUCAAUGGUAUCUGCAAAUAGUGAAGCUGAACGUGACUCUCUCAUAGUAAACCACAUUAAAAAAGUUUGGGCAUUGGUACCACCGAUUGAUGACUUUAAAAAAAAUUUGGAGUGGGUGAAUGUGUCUGAACCGCUUUCCCUUAAUCAGCAUUGUGCAGAGAAAGUGGUUGUUUUGGACUUUUGGACAUACUGCUGUAUAAACUGCUACCAUGUAUUACCAGACUUAGCUCAUUUAGAAAAACUACACAAAGCCGAUAAUAAUCUGGUUGUGAUUGGUGUACAUUGUGCUAAGUUUAGCAAUGAGAAGGUAUCCGGCAAUGUGUUGGCGGCUGUACAGAGAUACAACAUUCAUCAUCCUGUAGUGAAUGAUUCUGAUAGUUGCAUGUGGGAAACAUUGGGAAUUAGAUGUUGGCCCACCCUUCUUAUAUUAGGUCCAUCUAACAAGCCAAUCUUUAUCAUAACUGGGGAAGGACACAGAGAUGAACUUGUUUGGUAUGUCGGUGCUGCUAUACGACAUUUCACAUCACGCCUCUCGACAGUCUCACUACCUGCGUCAAUAAAUACUCAUUUAAAAACUAAGGAGAAUAACAUCCUUUAUUUUCCUAGUAAGCUUGCACUGAAUCCAUUCUACCGCGGUCGCGGUGAAGAGCCCUUUCUAGCAAUAUCGGACACGGGUCAUAAUCGAGUACUGUUGACAGACUGCUCGGGUGUCAUAUUGCGCAUAAUCGGGGGAACAGAACCAGGCUUUAAAGACGGAAAACUCAGCGAGGCGCAGUUCAACGCGCCGCAGGGCGUGUGCUGGCUGUCGAGCGCCGUGCUGGUGGUGUGCGACACCAACAACCACGCGCUGCGGGCCGUGCACCUCGACGAGGGCAGCGUCGAGGUGCUGGUGGGCACGGGCCGCCAGGCCGCCGUCGGCGACAAGGGGGGAAAAUGUCUGGGUCUCCAAGCGCUGUCGUCCCCGUGGGACGUGCUGCUGUACUCCACCCCCGACAUGGACAUGUCGGUGCGGCCCGCUCCGCCCCCUCCGCCGCCACCCCCCGGACACGCUCCCCUCGACCACGAGAAACCUGACAAAGAGUUUGUUAAAGAAAAAGAAAAAAAGGACGAAAUACGCCGAGUCCUUUUGAUCGCCUGCGCUGGCUCGCAUCAAAUAUGGGCUCUAUUCCUCGACAAUACCAUUUGGUGGAAAUAUAAGGCAUUUUCUGAGGGCACGUGCGCGGUGGUGGCGGGCUCGGGCGCGGAGGCGGCGCGCAACAGCGCGUACGCCGCGUCGGCCGCCUUCGCGCAGCCCUCGGGCCUCACGCUGCGGACGGGUACCAGUCCGGAAAUAUUCAUAGCAGAUUCGGAGAGUUCCUCUAUAAGAAGAUUAGCGCUUUCGACUGGACAGGUCUCCACGCUUUGUGGAGGAGAUCGAAAUCCUUUAAAUCUUUUUGCUUACGGAGACGUUGAUGAUGUGGGCAUAGAAGCCAAACUACAACAUCCAUUAGCCGUCGCUUACUGUGAAUCAAACAAAACACUGUACGUUGCCGACACAUACAAUCACAAAAUCAAAAAAAUAGACGUUGGACCUCAAAAAGUGACCACGUUGAAUCCAACGAUGAUCGAAACGACCGACCCAGCUAAGUUCAACGAACCCUCGGGUCUCUCGACCAGUACGGAUGGAAAAUAUCUCUACAUAGCCGAUACGAAUAAUCAUAGCAUAAAAAUUCUUAAUCUAGCCAAAAAUGUAUGUCAAGAAUUCAAGGUACGUCUUCCAGAUCCAAAAUUCGCCGAACCCGAGAAUUUAAUACUGUAUAAAAAUGACUUAUUCGUGAAUCGAAAAUGCGGCAAUCUCAUAAUAUAUUUCAAUGUAAGUUUAGACGCUGAAACGAAAAGCGUUAAGUUCACACCGGGCGCGCCGCAGAACUGGCACGUUUGCGUUCGCGAUGAAAAUGAUAAGGACGUGACAAUUGACGACUUCGAAUUCGUCGGUUGUUCGUACAAAGGUACGAAGUUGCCGGGCAGAGUGGAAAUGAAGCUUAAAUUCAGAACGGAUAAGACGCAUUAUCGCUUGUAUCUCAGCUUCCAAACAGCGCUGUGCGACGCUUCCGUUUGUUUCGCUCAUUCUUUCACGAUACGAUCUACUAUUUUAGUGAGAGACUCGGUUAAAAUGAUUGAAUCUUACAAGAUAACUUGUAAAGUCAAUCCGGUAAAUCGGAAUGAUUCAAAAUCGGAAGCUGGUAAACUAUCUAGUACCUAGGAAACUCAAUUCUAUCGUUUCCAACGUAGACAAUGCAAAUAAAAAAUAUAUUUUGUUGACAUCACGCACACUAAGACAUCUAUUAAGCAUGAGCGACACUAACUCACACUAAUGCACGCCGAUACGCCGACAAUAAUUUAUCGUGGAGGGGCGCGCCUUCGUAAUUGGAUAGAUCUAUAUAGUUACUUAUAGAUGAGCUAUCAUUUACCUAAACUAAAUACCUAUUCAUAACGAUUUUUUGCAAAACUCGAAUG